AUGAAAUAUUUGCAAUUGAUUUUAAUAUUAGGUCUUACUUUAGCAUUAACAACAAAAGAAUAAUCAGAAAUACUAGAUCCAAAUGAUAUUUUAUUUACAUAAGAAGAUUAUCAAUCUUCUAUCAAUGUUAAGGCAUAAUCAAUUGAAACAAAAGAUCAAUAAUGGGUAGUCUAAGAACUUAUUCAAGACAGCGUAAGCUUUUGACUUAAGUUAGAUUUCUAAUGAGGUCAUGACUGAGUCUGAAUUAUAGCAUGCAUUAAUAACAAAGGAUGAUUUAAGUGGCAUACCUGAUAUUUAGAUGGGAACCUAAAACGCACUUUUUUUACAAAGAAGAAAAAAUUGAUUUAGUAUCAUAUUAAAUUAC